AUGAAAAAUCAGGAAACUAAUGAAGCUGAGCUUCAUUUUUGGUCACGAUUGAGGAGGAAUAUAGUGGAUAUAUUUCAUGGAGAUGAUAUGUUACAUAUACGGCAGAGGAAGUUAGAUGAUGAGUAUGGGAUAGAGGUUGUUAAGGAUGAGCAGAAUAUAUACUCUACUUUAAAUCCCAAUGUUCAGACGAAACAUUCGUUACGUCUUGGAGAUAAUUUUGAUAAGUUAACAGAUAAUGUAGAGAUGAAAUUGCAAGAUAAAGAUAUGGAAGAUAGUUCUAACAGUAAUUCGGAUCCUACACCUGCAGAAACUACACAUAGGAUAAUUGAUGAUUGUUCUUCAUAUGAUAAUACUUCGAUACUGUUUGGUGAUCCGCCCCAACGACAAUCGAAUAGAGUUACAAUUUUAGUAGGUUUUUUCGUUGCUGUGGGUGGAUUUUUGUAUGGUUACGAUACUGGUUUAAUUAAUAGCAUUGUUGAUAUGCAAUAUGUGCGAGAACACUUUUCGUCAAAUCAUGAUAAUUUUACUGCCGAGCAAUUGGCUAUUAUUGUUUCUUUCCUUUCUUUGGGGACUUUCUUUGGGGCUUUAACUGCUCCUGUAAUCUCAGAUAGAUGUGGUAGAAAGACAGUUAUUAUUCUAAGUACGUUGAUUAUUUUCCUUACUGGUAACACAAUUCAAAUCUCUUCAAAUGGGGUUGUUUUAUUAGUCAUUGGAAGAGUGAUAUCCGGGUUUUCAGUUGGAUUGAUAUCGGCAGUGGUUCCAUUAUAUCAGAGUGAAGCUGCCAUUAAAUAUUUAAGAGGUGCCAUUAUUUCAACAUUUCAGUGGGCCAUUACUUGGGGUCUACUAGUCUCAAGUGCAGUCAGUCAAGCCACAUACACAAUAGACAAAGCUGCAUCGUAUAGAAUUCCGAUAGGUCUUCAGUAUAUUUGGGCUUGUUUCUUAGGUAUCGGUAUGUUCUUCUUACCUGAGAGUCCAAGAUAUUAUGUCUUGAAAGAUAAGCUCGAUAAAGCAGCAAGUUCUUUAUCGUUCUUAAGACGUGUACCAGUUCAUGAUUCUGGUUUGCUGGAGGAAUUAGUUGAAAUUAAAGCUACAUACGACUAUGAGAUGUCAUUUGGUUCCUCAACUCUACUUGAUUGUUUCAGAUCCAGCAAAACCAGACCUAAACAAACAUUAAGAAUGUUUACCGGUAUAUUAUUACAGGUAUUUCAACAAUUUUCAGGCAUUAAUUUCAUUUUCUACUAUGGGGUUAAUUUUUUUAGUAGAACAGGAAUAGAAAAUAGUUACAGAAUUUCAUUAAUUACUUAUGCAGUAAAUGUCGCAUUUACCAUCCCAGGUCUAUUUUUAGUUGAUCGUGUUGGUAGAAGAAAUUUAUUGUUAUAUGGUGGCAUUGGUAUGGCUAUCUCGAAUUUUAUUAUCGCUAUUGUCAGUUUUGCUGAUGAGCAUGUAAUAAAUAAUAGAGUAAUGAUUGCUUUCAUCUGUAUUUUCAUUGUAUGCUUUACUUCUAGUUGGGGUAUUAUAGUUUGGGUCCUUUCUGCGGAACUAUAUCCAUUGGGUGUGAGAUCAAAAUGUGUUGCUAUCUGUGCGGCAUCAAAUUGGUUAGUAAAUUUCAUUUGUGCAUUUAUUACACCUUAUAUUGUGAAUAUUACAUCACACACGUAUACAAUUGGGCCAAGAAUUUUCUUUCUCUGGGGAGCUUUGAAUGCUGUUGGUGUUGUAGUAGUUUAUUUUACUGUUUAUGAAACGAAGGGGCUAACAUUAGAAGAGAUUGACGAAUUAUUCUCUGAAUGCCCAAACAGUAUAUCAUCUCCCAAAUGGAAUAAGAAGAUAAGGGAAAGAAAGUUGGCUAAGAGGAAUCAACACAAUGGAGGUAAGAUGAGAGACUAUUACUACGAGAAUAAUGCCACACCAAAUGUAUUGACAAGUUCUAUAUUAGAAAAUGAGUCUGAAUUUCAAAAUAGGAAGAUUAAGCAUAUCAAGGAUUUUGAUGGAACAUUUGCUAUGUCAGUAAGUGAAGGUACUACAAAGAUGGCCCAAAGUUGUCAUGAAAGACAAGGAACUAUGUCAUCAACUACUGAUUUUGAUGAGUUUGCUACGAAUACGGUAGAUUUGGGUAAUGGGUUUGCAUUAAACCCAUACAGUAGAGGCCCUCCUUCUAUUCCUACGGAUUCUAGUGAUGAAAGUGAUGAAAGCAAUGAACCUGGAAGAGAUACAACUGCUGCUACUAAUAAUAAUGGCAUUAAUAAAAACAACAAAAACAACAACAACAAUAAUAUUAAUAAUAAUAAUAAUAAUAAUAAUAAUAAAAGUAAUGACGAUGAUGACGAUGAUGACGAUGAUAACAGAAACAACAAUAAUAAUUAUAAUAACAUUCACAUAAACAAUUUGCAUGACUAUUCCAAUUACCUUGGACAAGAAAUUGAUUACACAAGAAGUUUCGAGAGCACAACUACUAAUCCUAAUCUUUCUCGAGCUACGACAGCAAAUCAAAGCAUUUUUGAAUAA